ACUGCUUCUUCCUGCUUGGGUUGGGAAUUAUCCAUCCCCACCCGAGCACCCGCCGGCCGCCGCGACCGCAUCUCCGCCUUUCCUGCCGGUCCAGCUCCAAGCCGCUGCCUUCUUCUCUCCCGAUCUCGCUCGCUGUCGCAGGGUUCCAAAUCAUGAUGUCUGCAGCUGUAGAGCAGAUAGCUGGUGGUUUCUCAUCUGCAGUUAUUCAACGUGUUGUUGACAAGACAAUGGACUUCCUCGAGAGCAACUACAAUGUAAGCCAUGCUACUGAAGAGCUUCUGACCAAACUCCGCACAAGCCUCACCGUCGUGAAGGCCAUAACCGAGGUGGCUGACAACCAGCUUAUCGUCAGCACUAGUCUUACCAACUGGUUGAGGAACCUCCACAGUGCUGCCUAUGAAGCGGAGGAUGUGCUUGACAGAUUUGAUUGUCAUGAGAUAGUUGCCGGAAAGCGCAAGGUGAGUGAGCUCAUUUCAUCAUCCGUCAGGGCCCUCAAAAGUUUGAUUGUGCCUGAUGAGAGUAUGAAAAGGCUUGAAUGUGUUGUGCAAAAGCUAGACCACCUUUGUGCAACGUCCAACACAUUUGUUGAGCUAAUGAAGCAGAGUAAUUUAACCACCAUGAAGGAGGAAGGAAUUCGGAGAGAGACUACUUCUCGUGUUCCAGUUGAUGUCAAGGUGUUUGGCCGCGAUGAAGUUCUAGAGUUGAUACUGAAAAUUAUUUUGGGUUCAUCUAGCUCUGAACCAGAAUCCAGCAGCUUAAGAGCAAAACUUGGGGCAAGGUACUGCGUUGGCGGUGUUGAUGUCGUCCCAAUUGUUGGUAUGAGUGGGGUUGGGAAGACAACCCUUGCUCAAAUUAUUUACAAUCAUGAAAAUGUGAAGCUUUACUUUAAGCACAGAGCAUGGGUGUAUGUUUCAAAACACUUCAGCAUGAAAAGGACAUUGCAAGAGAUGUUGUGCUCUUUUAAAGGAAAUGAUUCGUCUUUUGACUACACUGAUAGUUUGGAAACAAUUGUCAACAAUAUUCAAAAUGUCUUCCACCCUGAAGAAAGGUUCCUUCUUGUGCUGGACAGUGUUUGGGAUGAGAUGUGUGACCAGUGGAGUAGUUUGCUUACUGCCAUAGCUCGUGAAGUGCCAGGAAGUGUAGUUGUUGUCACAACACAAAGCAAAAGGGUUGCCGAUACAGUGGCGACAAUAUGUCAAGUUCCACUAGCACCUUUGCCAUGGGAGAGUUUUUGGCCAGUGUUCCAGUAUUAUGCAUUUGGCACAAGCAAUGUUGUGGUUGAGAACAAUCCGACUCUUUUGUUUAUUGGUGAGAAAAUAGCAAGAAAACUAGAGGGUCUUCCAUUAGCAGCAAAAGUAAUGGGAAAUCUAUUGAGGUCUAGAUUAACUAUAGACCAGUGGAGAAGCAUCCUGGAGAGUGAUUGGUGGGACCGGAGUGACGUUUUAUGUGAAAUCCUUCCAUACAUGGGAAUUAGUUAUCAAGAUCUACACCCUAGACAGAGGCAGAGCUUUGCUUUCUGUUCGAUCUUUCCACAGAACUACUUGUUUGAUAAGGAUAGAUUGGUCAGUAUGUGGAUUUCUCAUGAUUUCAUCCAACACAGUGGAUUUGAUGGAACUAGAUUAGAGGAUAUCGGAGAUCAGGUUUUUGAUGAACUUGUACAAAGAUCAUUUUUUCAGUCUACAUUCGACAACAAGAGGUACACUAUGCACGAUCUAGUAAGGGCUCUUGCAAUUGCUGUUUCUUCAUAUGAAUGCUUCUUCCACAAAGAGACCUCCCAGAGAGCAUCACCAACUGUUCGCCACUUGGCUCUGCAAGUUGGCAAUCAAAUGCAAAUUCAUGAACUCAACAAGUAUAAGAAUCUGCGGACAAUCUUAUUGUUUGGCCAUUGUGACAGUAAUGCAAUUUGUGAUGUUGUGGACAAUAUGUUGGUCAACUCAAGAAGCAUUCGAGUGUUAGACUUGUCUCAUUUGGAGGUGAUGACGAAUAUGCUGCCUAGCAUUGCAUCCUUGAGAAAUUUGAGGUUCUUAGAUCUUUCUUUCACAAGAUUCAGCAAUUUGCGCAACUUCCCUUGCAAUCUUCAAGUUUUAUACCUCCGUGGAUAUGCUCGCAAUACUAUUCCUCAAACCAUCAACAUGCUUGCCAACUUACGGCACUUGUAUGUUGAUGCUACAGCUCUCUCUCUGAUUCCUGGUAUUGGGCAGCUAAGUCAACUUCAAGAAUUGGAGAACUUCAGUGCUGGAAAGAGAAAUGGAUUCAUGAUAAGUGAGUUGAAGUACAUGCAAGAGUUAUCUGGGAAACUUUGCAUCAGUAACAUCCACAUCAUCAAGAACAAACAUGAGGCAAUGGAUGCCAAUAUGAUUGAGAAGAAGCACCUUGAGGCCUUGGAGUUGAAGGGGAGAAAUGUAUCCAAAGAUGUACUUGAAGGAUUGCAGCCACACCCUAAUCUGCAAGAGCUCAUGAUCGAAGGUUACGGGGCCACAAGUUUCCCGAGCUGGAUGUUAGAAGCUCACCUCUUUACAAAACUAAAGUCCCUUUAUGUUGGAAAUUGCCGACAUCUAGUUGUACUUCCACCAUUUGGAAAGAUCACUUCACUCAAGCAUCUCACUCUAAAUAACUUGCCGUCAGUGAAGCAAGUUGAUGGAACAUCUUUUGAUUGUUUCCCAAAUUUGGAAGACUUAAAAGUUUCUUUGAUGACAUCAUGGACAAACUGGUCACAUGCAGAAAGUGAUCAUGGCCCUCUACUUCAACGCGUCACAAGGUUUGAACUUCAUGAUUGCCCUUUGCUGAAAGAAGUGCCUUAUCUAUCAUUCAUGUCUUCGCUGUCAGAACUUGACAUCUCGGUUUGUGGAGACUUUGUCAAGGCACUGCCACAAUAUGUACAACUCUUGACACAUCUCAAAAAAUUAAGCAUGUCUUUCUGCGAUCACACACUCCUACUCUCUGGGCAACACUUGAAGUCACUUGAGUAUCUAUAUCUUAGAAAAUGUGGAGGGCUGCGUUUGAUUGAUGGGUUACACUGUUUCCCCAACCUCAGGAAAGUUAAUGUUUAUGGUUGCCCCAACAUUCUUACUGAAUUCUCCGACCAAUCAACUAUACAAGAUGAGCAGAGUGGACUUCGACUGACCAAUAUGGUUACAGAUUACAGCUUGUUCAAUAGAAAUUGUUUUCUGCCUUCGGUGCGAGAUCUGCUCAUCGCUUAUAUAGAUGACCUUUAUUUUACCCCAGAGCAGGAGGAAUGGUUUGAACAGCUAAUCUCUGUCGAAAAAAUCGAGUUUGGUUUCUGUAAUUUUCUGGAACGGCUCCCUACUACACUAGCAAGACUUACCUCAUUAACAAUACUUCAUCUCAAAUGGACAAGACCAGUUUUCCUGGAAGGAGUUGUACCACAGAACCUCCAAGAAUUGGUCAUGAAUGGCUUUUCGGGUGAGACAGAAAACAAUUUCAAACCUGGAGGAUCAGAAUGGGUAAACAUUUCCCAUGUUCCAUAUAUUCGGCUUAAUGACAAGACAGUCCAAAAUCUGUCAGUUAAUGCUGCCUCAUCAUCCUCAAACCACCAAAGUUAAGCAAUGAUUUAUCUGUUCUCCUUGGCUGCCUCCGUGUUAAAAAUAAUAUCUCUUGUUUUGGAAAGCAUGCUUGGGACAUGGUGAGUUAAAGAUGGUAAACUCCAUGCAUGCUCACUGUCACUUGGCCAGCACAGAUGGCGUGUGAAUAAAUUUGCUGGCUGGUGCAGAGUGCAUCCAGGAAAGUCAGUAGUUCUUGAGGAAGCUGUGGAAGAAAAAGGAGGAGAAUGACAGCAUGCGGUUCAUGAAGGGCACCGAGGAGUGGCAGGAUUCUGUUCCGGGCCUUCUCUGCUGCUGUGUGCUCUCUGACUCCGAUGUUGAGGAGGAGCUGGUUGAGGCUAUCGGCGCCGAGGAUAUAUGGGGGAGACCAUGCUUACCAAGGUUGUGCGCAGCAAGGCGUUUGAUCGGGAUUGCGCCAUUGAUGGUGGAGGAUGCGCUGGAGCAGCUGGAGGACGUUGAUCAUGACUUGGUGCAUGCGCCCCUACUUGAGAGGAAUGAGCGGCUACACCGAUAAGCUGAUCUGCGUUUGCUUUCCUCCAUGGAAGAAGAGUUUGUUGUGCACAUACACGCAUGAAUAAAGGGAGAUACUACUACUCCGUUUGUUUUUAUAUAAGACGUUUUCGACAGUUUGCUUUGAAUUGUUUUAGGCACUGUCUGAACUGUCUAAAACGUCUUAUAUAAAAGUGAACAGAGGAAGUACUAGAUAGAAAUUCAACUGAACGAGUGGUGUACGUGUGGUGCAGUGCAAGCAAUCGAGAUAAACAGCAGAGGCAAGAUGGAGGAUUAAUUCAGACACAUCGCCAAUCCAC